AAGUGUGUUUUGUUUCUCAUUUUCGUAUUUAUUUGUGAUUCAUUGUUGAUUUUUGUGGACUGUUGUUAACUGUUAGCUAUUUAAAACGUAAAAAUGUCGGGUCUCAUGUUAGAUGAUGUAAAAAUAUCAAUGCAAAAGUUCGGCCUGCCGGACUAUAUGGUGUUUGUGGUAAUGUUGGUGAUUUGUGCAUUGAUUGGUGUGUAUUUUGGAUUCUUCGAAAAAAAGCCAGCCAAAAAAUGCGACGAAGAGUCCGAUUAUUUAGUGGGGGGUCGACAGAUGUCAGUUGUGCCCAUAACAAUGUCGUUGAUUGCAAGUUUUGUUAGUGGGAUAACGUUACUUGGUACUCCUACCGAAAUAUACGUUUAUGGCGUGCAAUACAUGUUUGUUAUGCUAGGCGUUAUUUUAAUGGGCAUCGCCAUGACCUACAUCUAUUUGCCUGUCUUCCACGACCUUCAAUUAACGUCCACUUACCAAUACUUGGAGACCAGAUUUGACAAUCGAGUUCGUUUGUUUGGCGCUGUACUUUUCACUUUUGGCACAAUGCUCUGGCUUCCGAUUGUUAUUUACGUGCCAGCGUUAGCGUUUAACCAGGUAACCGGGGUCAACGUUCAUUUGAUCACACCAAUUGUUUGUCUCGUUUGUAUUUUUUACACUUGCGUGGGAGGCCUUAAAGCUGUGGUGUUUACAGACUGCAUACAGCUGGUUAUGAUGUUUGGUGCCAUGUUUCUGGUCAUGAUAAAGGGGACAAUUGACAUUGGUGGAUUCGGUAUGGUGUGGGACAAAGCAGUCGAAAGUGGACGGAUCGAAUUACCUGAAUUUACCUUUGAUUUGAAAACAAGACACACCAUCUACGCUGUUGUAAUUGGAGGUUUUGCCCAAUGGUUAAAAAGCAAUGCCAUCUCUCAAAAUAUGAUCCAACGCUAUCUGGCGCUACCUACACUCAGAGAUGCAAAAAUGGCUCUUUGGCUAUUCAUUCUCGGAACUUUGGUCCUGAUUAUCACCUGCUCCUACUGUGGUCUUUUAAUAUAUGCAACAUAUCACGACUGUGAUCCCUUGACCACUAAAUUGGUGAAGGCCAAAGAUCAACUGCUACCUCUGCUGGUGAUGCAGCUGUUUGGCGAUUAUCCUGGUUUGCCUGGAUUGUUCGUUUCGGGUGUUUUUAGUGCUGCUUUAAGUUCCUUAUCAACUGGUUUGAAUUCCAUGAGCGCUGUCAUUCUUGAGGAUUUCGUGAAGAGUUUCAUCAAGAAGCCCCUAACCGAAAAGCAAACUCAUUACGUAAUGCGUUUUGUAGUUGCCAUAUUUGGGGCAAUUUGUGUAUGCCUGGUAUUCUUGGUGGAAAAAUUGGGUGCCGUUUUGCAAUUGUCAAUCAGUUUGGGAGCUGUUUCAAAUGGACCACUUCUAGGGAUAUUCACGAUGGGAGUGUUGUUGCCAUGGAUAAAUGGACUUGGGGUUGUGAUUGGGGGUGCAACUGGUCUAGGAGUUAUGGCAUGGAUUUGUGCUCGUGCCCAGGCGGCAAUAGCAACAGGUGAACUGUUCCAUUCGAUAAAACCAAUAGAUACCCAAGGCUGCGGCUACAUUUUUAUGGCUGAGAGUCCAUUGAACUUGCUGGCAAUCAACGGCACUGAUGCUCCAUUCAUUGAAGACCCAGUCAUCGGACCUGACUUCACCAUCUAUCACAUUUCCUAUCUAUGGUACACUUUAUUGGGAGCUCUAAUUACAAUUGCUGUAUCAACCAUUGUAUCGGCCAUAAGUGGCUUUAACGACCCACGCAAAAUGGACCCCAAACUAUUCGCACCGUUUGUACGUAGAUAUUUGAAGUUGGAGUUGAAACGUGAAGAACCGCUCGGCACAGAGGAUGACAUUCGAUAUGCCAGUUGCGUCGAUCUGAAAGCAAUCUCGUCCACUACCUGAGUGUUUUCAUUCGGUUUAAGUAACUCAUAAAUGUAAUAGUAGUAAGUAGUAUAUAGCAGUUGAAAAUAUGAAACAUUUUUGGUUGGAAUAAAAUGUUACGCAUACGAAUAAUUGGUUUCUGGUGUCAGACCUA